AACACCACAAAUAAAAAAAACAACGGCGGGAGCUCCACGUGACCCGGCCCCGCCCCCGGCCGGCCUUAAAGGGCCGCGGGAUGCGGCCGCCCGCGCUGCGCCGCGCCCAGCACCGCGCCGGAGGUGAGCGGGGCCCCGGGAAGGGGGGCCCGAUCCCUGCCCCCGCCGCCUGGGGAAACACACACACCCACACCCCCCCCCCCAACCUCCCCCUCACCCCGCGGCGGGCCUGGCCACCACGGCUUGCCGCUGCACUGCGGCUCGGGUUGCUUGGGGCCGAGCCGCGCUCCCGGCGGGUUCGGCUGAGGUCGAAGGAACGAUCGGGCAGCAAUUCCGUCCCUGCUUGGCCCCCAGCCCGGCUGCGACGGAGGGGGGCACCCCCCCAUCCCGGCAGCAGGGACCCCCAGCAGCCCCGCGGGGGUGCCGGGCUCCCCCCAGGCCCUGCACAAGCCCCUCGCAGGCGUGCGCGCCCCGUGUGAAGCGUGCAUCUGCGCAGCCCAGGUUAGCUCGGGCGGUAGAACUAUGCUUAGGAGGAUGCAGACCUCCGGCCUGCGUGUGUGGGUGUCAGCUCGGUCCUGGAAGCAGCAAAAAUACCCUAUAGCGAAGCAAACAAGCACUGCCAACAUCACAUCAAACGGGCAUCUCCGUGCUGAUCAGCAUCAAUGUGCUGGGCCGCAGAUCUUUGCUCAGAGCUCAGCGUGGUAGAGGCAGAGGAGCAGGAGCGCUGACCCCACGGAGCCGACGGGUGUUUUAAGAUUGUCUUAUUUUGCAACUGGCUUUGUUGUGUAGAAAAUCUCUUUUCUCUUUGCAAUAAUGGCAAGCUUCUGCCAGCAAAUGGGAUGCUUCUGAUGGUAAGGAAACUGCUACAAAUGCUGCCUGUAGACAAAAUAGAGCUCACCAUGGUCAAUGAGACCCAGCAUACCUGCAGUGCCAGUUCCAGCUCCAAGUCUGAUGGUGGCAGCAGUAGUGGGAGCGAGAGCUCCAAGGACAGCUCACGCUGCUCCACCCCUGUCCUCGACGCUGACCGUCAUGAGCGGCUGCGGGAGAAGAUGCGUCGACGGCAGGACUCUGGAGACAAGUGGUUCUCCCUGGAGUUCUUCCCUCCACGCACAGCCAAUGCUGCUGUCAAUCUCAUCUCCAGGUUUGACCGCAUGGGAGUAGGUGGUCCACUCUUCAUUGAUGUGACGUGGCACCCCGCUGGGGACCCAGGAUCUGACAAGGAAACCUCUUCCAUGAUUAUUGCCAACACGGCAGUCAACUACUGUGGCCUGGAGACCAUCCUGCACAUGACAUGCUGCAAUCAGACCAAGGAUGACAUCACAGGGCAUCUGCAGAAGGCCAAGCGGCUCGGGUUGAAGAACAUCAUGGCAUUGCGUGGAGAUCCUGUCGGUGAGGAAUGGGAGGAAGAAGUAGAUGGCUUCAACUAUGCUGUUGACCUGGUUAAGCACAUUCGCAAUGAAUUUGAUGAUUACUUUGACAUCUGUGUGGCAGGCUACCCCAAGGGUCAUCCUGAAGCAGAGAGCUAUGAGGCAGACCUGAGGCAUCUGAAGGAGAAAGUCUUAGCUGGGGCAGACUUCAUCAUUACACAGCUUUUCUUCCGACCGGAAACCUUCCUUAAGUUUAUGAAGGACUGUCAAGCCAUUGGCAUCACCUGCCCCAUUAUUCCUGGCAUCUUCCCCAUACAGGGUUACCACUCCCUGCGCCAGCUGGUGAAGCUCUCCAAGCUGGAAGUGCCUCAAGAAAUCAAAGAUGUGAUUGAACCUAUCAAGGACAACGAUGCAGCUAUCCGGAACUAUGGGGUGGAGCUGGCAGUGACCAUGUGCCGGGAGCUGCUGGAUAGUGGCAUGGUGCAUGGGCUCCAUUUUUAUACCCUCAAUCGGGAAGUGGCUACUACUGAAGUCCUUAAGCGCCUGGGCAUAUGGAAGGAAGACCCCAGGCGGCCUCUGCCCUGGGCAGUCAGCGCUCACCCCAAGAGAAGAGUUGAAGAUGUUCGGCCAAUCUUCUGGGCCUCUAGGCCAAAGAGUUACAUCUAUCGAACUCAAGAAUGGGAUGAUUUCCCCAAUGGCCGAUGGGGUAACUCCUCCUCUCCAGCCUUUGGGGAACUGAAGGACUAUUACCUCUUCUACCUGAAGAGCAAGUCUCCCCGGGAGGAGCUUCUGAAGAUGUGGGGAGAAGAGCUGACUGGUGAGGAAAGCGUCUUUGAGGUAUUCACAUGUUACAUCACUGGAGAACCCAACAAAAAUGGGCACAAGGUUACGUGCAUGCCCUGGAACGAUGAUCCUCUUGCUACUGAAACCAACCUUCUGAAGGAGCAGCUGGAGAAGGUUAACAGACGAGGAAUCCUGACCAUCAACUCCCAGCCAAACAUCAAUGGCAAACCAUCCACAGACCCCAUUGUAGGCUGGGGGCCCAGUGGCGGUUAUGUCUUCCAAAAGGCAUACCUAGAGUUCUUCACCUCCAGUGAGAUCGUCACGGCACUGCUCAAAGUGCUGAAGAAGUAUGAGUUGCGAGUGAACUACCACAUUGUCAAUGUCAAGGGCCAGAAUAUCACCAAUGCUCCAGAUCUGCAACCCAAUGCUGUCACCUGGGGCAUCUUCCCAGGCAGAGAGAUCAUCCAGCCCACUGUAGUGGAUCCUGUAAGCUUCCUCUCCUGGAAGGAUGAGGCCUUUGCACUGUGGAUCGAGCAGUGGGCCAAGCUCUAUGAAGAGGAGUCACCCUCUCGCAUGAUCAUCCAGUACAUCCACGACAACUACUAUUUGGUCAACCUGGUGGACAAUGACUUCCCACUUGAAAACUGCCUCUGGCAGGUUGUGGAUGAUACUUUUGAGCUGUUGAACUAUCCAACUCAGCAGUGAAAAUUCCCCUUUUAAACCCAUAUUUCCUCCUUCCGUCCACUGACUGCGGGGAGAGAAAAAGCAGCUCCUGUGCUGAUGGUGGACCACACACUCCUAAACCCCAUGACCAGGCCAGCUUGCUGAUCUACACACUACAUGCUUUUCUACCCCCAACACAGAGAUUCCCUGACUCCCCACUGAACAAUAGCCAGAACUACCCAAACCUCUGAGCUAAGGCUCUAGCCUUAGCUUGAAGACCAGCUCUGCAGAAUGAAGAGGUGCUAAUUGUGGCUAUGUUGAUUACAGUACCAGGACAACUCUUGUGCAUCAAUGUGAUAAAACUCAGUGGUAUUUUAGUAACUUUCUCAUGCCAGAAAUGCUGCCUUGGGGAUUGAAACACUCCUGUCAACAGUGCCUAUGCAAGGAGACUAUUUCAGCAGUUACCAACCCUGAAAAGAAGCUCAAGUUACUUUUACAUUGCACUCCGAAGAUGUAUUUUUCGUAACUGACCAUAUCAGGCUCUUUUGCACUCACUCCAGAAGAAGGUUCAAAUUUUCUCCUUAACUUUUCUCCCUUUAUUUUAUUUCCUGUUUUCUUUUUAAUAGAAUAUAUGACUUUCACUUCUGGAUAAGACUGAGUAGGAUCACACUAUUUUUUAGAUUAAGUACAAUAAAAUACAGAAAUACAAGUGUCU